CCCAGAAUGCAGUUCGCCAAGGCCAAUGAAUGAUCAUAGGCCAACGUCACUGGGUCAGUCCCGUCACUACGGAACUUGGCUUCACUACUGGCUUAACAGUAGUUCCGAAGGCUGUGUUGAGCGCCGUGUUCCCGCACUGCAAGCUGUGAGGGUUUGGGGCUUCAGCGGUGCGAGUGUUGCCACCUCUCCCUUCUGGCUGGACUGAGGAGCUGCGCUGGUUUCGCGGUUCCCGCUGCACCUUCGGAAUCUGCACCUUCGGAAUCCGAUGGCGGUGGCCACCCAGAGCGACCUGGCUCAGGACUUUGUGACUUUUGAGGAUGUGGCCAUCUUCUUCUCCAAGGAAGAGUGGAGGCUCCUCGAUGAGGCUCAGAGGCAGCUGUACCUUCGUGUGAUGCUAGAGAACUUUGCACUUAUAACUUCAUUGGAUUGCUGGCAAGGAAUGGAGAAUGGAAAGCUACCUUUUGAUCAGGUUGUUGUAGAAGGAUUGUCACUGGUCAGGACCCCAAAAGCAAGUCCAGCUAACCAGGAGUCUCAUCCAUGUGAUAUAUAUUUGCCACUCUUGAAAGGCAUGUUGCACCUGGUUCAUCAACUUAGGCAGAAAUCAAACCUUCCCCAGGAACAGAAUCAUCGCAACUCAGAAAAUACCUUGAAAAGACACUCACAUACAGCCUUACUGGUGAAGAAUUGCAGAAUUCGUGGGUCACAAAAGCCCUUUCCCUCUGCAGAAGUUAGAAAGAACUUCCCAGAUGCAUUGGACAUUAUCCCUCCACAGACCAUUCCCAUUUGUGAGCAACCAAACCUAAUCACUGAAUGUGGAAAGGGCUUUCAGACUAGAAUAGGAUAUUCCAAGCAGAGUCAACACAGAAAAGCCUCCAGCCUUAAACACACUCAGGAUCACUACCCAAGAGCCAAUGCUAGAAAAAGACUUUCUGAGUCUACUAAAUGUAGGAAAGUCCACCGCCAUAAAAGCUCUUUUACUCAUCCCAAUAGAGUCCCUGGUAGAGAAAAGUCGUACAAGUGCAAUGAAUGUGGAAAAUCUUUUAGACAGACCUCCCACCUAAAUAACCACCUCAGAAUUCACACAGGUGAAAAGCCUUAUGAGUGUGGUGAAUGUGGGAAAUCAUUUACCCAAAGAGAUACCCUCAUUAAACAUUAUAGAGUUCACACAGGAGAAAAGCCCUAUGUGUGUGAUGAAUGUGGAAAAUCCUUUAGGCAAAUUUCCAACCUUACUGAACACUGCCGAAUCCACACUGGAGAAAGACCUUAUGAGUGUGAUGAAUGUGGGAAAUCCUUUGGAUGCAAAUCAACUCUUGUUCGGCACCAGAGAAUUCAUGCAGCUGAAAAGCGUUAUGAAUGUGAUGAAUGUGGAAAAUUCUUCACACACAGCCAUAGUCUGCUUGAACACCAGAUGAUUCACACUGGAGCAAGGCCUUAUGGGUGUGAUGAGAAUGAGAAAUCCUUUAGCCAAAGAGACACUUCCAACAAACACCACAAAACUCACACUGCAGAAAAGCCUCAUGUGUGCAGCGAUUGUGGGAAAGCAUUCAUUUACAAAUCUAAGCUUGUUCGACACCAGAGAUCUCACACUGGGGAGAAGCCAUUUGAGUGCAAAGAAUGUGGGAAAUUUUUUCAAGAAAGCAAUGGUCUUAUGCAACAUCAGAAACUUCAUACUGGAUUAAAGCCUUUUAAGUGUGGCCAGUGUGGUAAGUCUUUUGUCCAAAAGUGUCACCUCUUUCAACACCACGUAGUUCACACACGAGAGAGGCCAUAUGAGUGUGGUAAAUGUGGGAAAUCUUUUCCUCAACAGUCUACCCUCUUUCUCCACCGAAAAGUCUCACACCAUGGAGAGGCUUCAUGAGAAUAACAUGCAAAAAUAGCUUCAGUCCAAGGUCUAAUAUCCUUUAGGUCUUGGAAGUUCAUACUGUGCUCAAGAAGACAUGGACCUGCAGGGGAUGUUCUCAUUUAUUUUUCCUUUUCUUUUUUUCCCAGUAUUAACUUUUAUAAUUGAACUGCUUGCCUCAAGUUGAACCUUAUAUUUUCAAACAUCCAGGGUGUUUGUAUUCCUUGUGUGUUCAGGAAUGGAUGAGUUUUAUAGGAACUGCUCCAUACAUGCUGAUGUGAUUCGGGCUCUUGUCUGAGUUAUACUCAAGCCAUUUUCUGUGGUAGAAAUCAUCUUACUUUUUUAUCAGUUUGCUCAUUGUGCAUUGGUAUCCUCAACAUGCUAAGGAAAGGCAAAUAUCUGGGUGGAAUCCUGAGCAAAGCCUUAAGAGGAAUGUUGUGCCCAGAUCGUGACCCCCCAGAGAGACCACCAAGGACUAUCCAUACCAGAAUGCAAAAGCAAGGUUUAUUCUGUUUAAGGCUGCAGCAGGGAAGCUUGUUACAAUGCACUUACUUGUAGCAGUGAGGCAGGGAGGAGCUUGCCCUUUCUUUGUGAGGCUAGUUCUUAAAGGCACAGACCACAUAAUUCAUACCCCACAACCCACCUCCCUCUCCUUGGUUAGUAUCAGUUUCCUUUUUUCAGUCUUUUAUGUUAUCUUUAUCUUUCGUUUGUUCAGCAACCGUGUUAGGAGUUUUACGAGCUGUCUCCAGGGUUUGAGAAGUUUGGGAUGUUUUAUGGCCAAUUAGCCCCUACCAGUUGGCCUAAUAUCCUUACUCUGUUUUUAAGUCCCUGUAGCUGAUAUCACCACCUGGGAACUUGAAAGGGAUCUCAAUUCUUAUCUAUACUUAGGAAUCCUGGUUUAAGCUUCUCUUUGUCUGUAGGGGAUAGAGUGUGGGGGGGGGGGGGGUUUACUGAGGUUUCACAAGGAACAUGUUUUGUUUUAUUUUGUUUUUUUCCUGAGUAGUUGAAACAUGCAUCUGUCAUGUUUUACCAGGAGGAACCAGUCUUCAGUCUGCUGGAGUUUUCCAGCAUUAUCAUCCCUUCUUUAUGGAAAUUGUUGUCUUACACUGACACUGUGGUUAAUUUUUCCAGUCUUCCAUUUACCAACUUAUGACUACCAAUGUCUAGUCUAUGCAUUAAUAAACACGUUUACUGUUGAGUCUA